AUGUACCACGAUGCUCCGCCGAAGCCGGUUGCCACCGUAAUGUGUCGGCGGCAGCCUAAACCCCGUGAAGGAAUACGCAGUCAAUACAAACUGGAUAGCGUGGCGUCGUUUAUCCUCACAGGAAGCUCCUUGUCUUCCUCCACUUCAACGCAAGCACUGGCAAGCCCAUUUCUUCGGGUGGCACUGCAAUUUCCGGACGACCUGUUGGACGAUGCCGUCGCUGUUGUGGAAACGCUAAAAGGCAUUCUUUUAUCCGAUCCCCGUUGUGUGGGAGGUGUUUAUGGUGUCACCCCAUCACCUGAUGUUGGAGAGGAUUGCUGCUGCAGCAACAAUGAUGGCAGAAUCCGUUUUUUUGUUGUAGCAGAUAACACCUUCGGGUCGUGCUGUCCAGACGAGAUUACGGCGCAGCAUUACUGCAGCGACUGUCUUAUACACUUUGGCGAAUCAUGCAUGAGCCGCUCUACCAGGAUCCCUGUCUUCUACGUGCAGGAGUCUUUUCAAUUCACUGCGACUGCUAGACAAGUGACUCAACAACAGGAAGAGCAGGUGCGUCAAAAAGAUUUAUCAGCACGGCUGGUUUUGGGAGCAGUGGAGCUACUGCAAAAAUACUUGGUUGGCCGCGUUCGUUCGCUAGUGAGGGAGAAGGAUGCCGAGGCUACUGUCAACCUGGUUGUUGUUGGCUGCCAUCGUUCGCGUAAUGUUGUGGAAGAUGCCGAACGGCGCUGGCGGGAACGACAUCAAGCGGGUACACCGGUCCCCGAUUUUGUGACAUUGAUUGACGGGUCUUCUGUUUCGUGGUGCAGCUACGAGUUGGUUCAGUCGACAACAAAUCCGGAGCAACCUUCGACAUCGGGAUCGGUAGUUAAUGUUCAUGCGGCCAUCCCGCAUAGCUGGAGCCCAUCAUCUGGGGAGUGUAGUUCGUGGGUGAUUAAUGGUGUCCGGUUCCCUCGUGCUGGAACAAAGGAGCUGCAGUACUUCUUGUUCGUCGGUCCAUCAAGUGCCUUUCUACCGUUACAUAUUCUCAAUGUUCACCAACACAACCUCUACCACUACUCACAAGAGCUUCGUGAGGUAGCGUUUGAGGCCAACGAAUCUCCUCCCGCAUUAAUAAUAAUGGAUGAAUCGUUCGGCCUCACUGGGGACGGGGGCAAUCUCCUCUCACCACUGAAUGAUACAGCUCGCGGUGAUAUUGAUGAUGCCACUUUGGAGACUGUGCUCAGCACCUGUUCCUCCGGCGAUGGUCAUUCUAUUGCUGCUGACAUUUUCAGCGGUGACACUUGUUUUCGCAAUGCAGGUUAUGCUAAACUGCAGAUGGUGGUGGAUAAACGCUCGAAACAACGUGCUUUCAACAUUGAACUUAUUCGAGCUACCUCUGCUGUGGGGAUAGUUGUGGCCUCGUUGUCCAUAGCGGGGUAUUACGAGACAACAAUGUUGCUACACAAGCUGCUUCGUGCGCACGGCAAGCGUUCCUACAUCAUUUAUAUUGGCCAUCUAAACGAAUUUAAGAUCGCAAACUUUGUAGACACAGUUGAUUGUUUUGUGACCAUCGCAUGCCCCAACAGUCGCGAAGGUCACUUUCCAGAAAAAAAAGAUGGUUUCCCAAAACCUAUCGUUUCCCCAGUCGAGGUUUUGCUUGCCCUUCGUGCUGAAGAUGUUGAUUCACCACUGUACGGCCACCCCGCCGUUUUUAGCACGACCUUCGACUCGAUUCUCCCUCUUCUCCGCAACGAGGUGGAGGAGGCCACCGGAUCACAGAAACGAAAGGAAGAGCUGCGGGGGGACUGCACAACACUCAUACGCACAAUGGCAGGGACUGUCAUGACGCAUGAUGGUGGCGGUAGCGCGUUGGACCGAUUAUAUCAGCGCACAUACGUCGGUUUGGAACCGCGGACUGGACAGACGCCGGUGCAAACGCAAAUUGAAAAGGGUCGACAUGGCAUUGCGCGUGGAUAUGCAACAGAAAAGGAACAAUGA